AUCUAAUUGAGGUUGUUACGUACAGAGCGUUACGUCAAUGAAGCGACGGGUGGUUUUCAGUGAGUCGGAUUCAGAUGAUGAAAUCAAGACCAAGGAAAAGCCGACAGUAAAACAAAGUACGAAACGAUAUUCUGAGAAGAAAAGGAAAUGCACAGACGUCGAUGAUAAUCAAAUAUCCUGCCGUGAUAACUCUCAGCAGUCAAUAAUCGACGCUUUACGACGACAGCAAGAGUUAUGCAAAAUCUCCCGUGGCAAGAAAGCAAAUACUAUUGAAGCGUACUUCUCACAGUCUGUGAAACCCAAGAAGAAUGUAGUUUCCGUUGAUGAUUUCUUCGGACCAUCUGGAACAAAAUCAAAUGCUAAGCCUUCUGCUGUCGUCAGCACACCACCUCAUUCACCGAUGGAGAUCAUCCCGGAUACACCAAUAUUAUCUCCGAAAACACCUCUGGGGACCAGAGAAAGUUAUAAAAGCUCACCCCAAAUCAAUGUUAUCUCGGAGGGUGUGAAGACAACUAGUAAUCAAACGUCAUCCAUGGUUAAUGAAUCUCUUAAUGAUAGCACUGAUACUGCUGUAAAAGAUCGAAAGCAUUUUUGGGCCUACAAAGCUCGCGAUGGUCCUCGCAGUCUUGGAUCAAGAGAAAUUCCUAAGGGAACUCCGGAUUGUUUAAAGGGACUAAACUUUCUCAUCACUGGAAUACUAGAGUGUAUUGAACGAGAGGACGCCGCAAAUCUUAUUCAGAAUUGUGGUGGAAAAGUUUUAAAAACAUUGGGUAAAAAGACUGAUUAUCUCGUUGUCGGACGUGAACCUGGUGCAGCCAAAAUCGAGAAGGCUAACAAUUUGAAAAUUAAGCAGAUUACCGAAGAACAUCUCUUUGAAAUGAUAGAAAAGUCCAGUAAUAUUCCUCUUGUAAAUCAUAAAUCGAAUGUAUCCAGCUCAGAAUCUUCCAAGAAAUUGGAGCCUGUAGAUGCAAACGAUAGUAAACAAAAUUUAAAAAGUCCUAAAAAAUCCCCUAAGAAAAAUCAAUCUACCAAAUCACCGGAUAAUGCUCCUAAAUCUCGUAAACAUGAAUCUCCGAAUAAAUGUGCAGGAAAAUCUGUUAUGUCCUCAUGUAGUGAACUUCCUCUUACUGCACGUCCUGUUUUAACUAAUAAUUCAACAUUCAAUAAUAAAACUGAUCGAAGUCAUAGCAGUGGUUUAUCCAAAACUCCUACUAAUGUCAUCGAUAAGCAAGAUUCCCUGUCCAAGGAGAUGAGUUCGAAGUUGUCUGAAUUAUGGGUUGAUAAGUAUAAACCAACGUCUGUUCGCUCACUGAUUGGUCAAAACGGUGCUCAAAGUCCAGCCAAUCGACUUUUAAAUUGGCUAUCUUCCUGGCACUCGAGUUUUUCAGCAGGUUUAAAAGCGAAGGCUUACUCAAGUGCCCCUCCAUGGGGCCCGUCAUCUAGUGAUGAUGGGAAGUGGGCGCGCGCAGCACUUCUUUCGGGACCUCCAGGGAUUGGCAAAACAUCAACCGCUAUUUUAGUAUGCAAAGAACUUGGUUAUACUUAUUGCGAAUUUAAUGCAUCCGAUUGUCGAUCCAAGCGGUGUUUAAGUGAAGAAAUAGGACAGUCUUUGGGUUUACGAAAUUUGUCACAUAUGGCGUUUGGUCAAGCAUCAACAUUAAAUUCUGGUCGUCACGUUUUAAUUAUGGACGAAGUAGAUGGUAUGGCUGGUAAUGAAGAUCGCGGAGGAAUGCAAGAACUUAUCAACAUGAUUAAAAUUACUCAAAUACCUAUUAUUUGCAUGUGCAAUGAUCGUCAGGCUAUAAAAAUACGCUCUCUGGCUAAUUAUUGUCUCGAUUUAAGAUUUCAUCGUCCACGAGUUGAACAAAUAAAGUCAGCAGUAUUGUCUAUUGCUUGCAAAGAAAAUGUGAAUUUACCUCCGGAUGUAUUAACAAAUAUUAUCGAUUCUAGUAAUCAUGAUAUUAGACAGGUAAUUAAUAAUGUUCAAAUGUGGUGUAGCUCUGGUUUAAUUGAUUCCGAAGGAUUAAAAGCGGAUGCAUUAGGUGCACGUAAAGAUCUACACUUAAAUGCAUUUGAUGUGAUUCGUAAAGUUUUUGCACCAGAUAUUUCUGGUUCUCAAGGCAGUGUUGCUACAUUCAAUGAAAGUUUAGAUUUAUUUUUUCAAGAUUACAAUUUAAUUCCUUUGUUUGUUGAGGAAAAUUAUCUUAAUGUUAGAGUUCAUAAUACCCAUGACGAUAAAAAGAUUUUGCAAUUAAUGUCUCAAGCAGCGUCUGACAUCGCCACGGCAGAUAUCAUUUCAUCUACUAUCAGAUCAUCACGUACGGGAUCAUGGUCUUUAUUACCUGUUCAAGGUGUGUUCAGUACAGUUUCACCUGGUCGUACUCUUCGUGGCUCUUUACCUGGUGGCCCAGGUGGUGUUUCAUUUCCUUCUUGGUUUGGUAAGAACAGUACACAAAGCCGUAUCAAUCGGACUACUUCGGAAUUAGCUGCACAUUUACGAUUAGCAACUCAUUGUGGUUCAUCAAAUCCGCUUACAUUAUUGCUAGAUUAUGCUACACCAAUCUCUGAACUUAUCACUCGUCCACUUAAAGAAGGUGAUAUUGACAGUGCUAUUCAAUUUCUAAUUAAUUAUCAAAUAACAAGAGAAGAUGUUGAUUCUAUAAUGGAAUUAACUACUUGGCCGAAUCGACCGAAUCGAAUGCUUAGUGUUGAUUCGAAAGUCAAAGCUGCAUUAACACGUACGUAUAAUAAAUCAUCGCAUUUACUACCGUAUGUCAUCUCAUCAAGUGGUUCCUUUAAACGUAAACGUGGUGGUGGUGCUCCAGGUUCAUUUGAAGGGGAAAUUGAAAAUGAUUCUGGUCUAUUCGACGAUGAUGAUGAAGAAGAAGAAAAGGAAGACGAAAAAGUCGACCUGAAGAAUGAUGCCAUGAUUUUAAUUAAAAAAGAAGAUCCGAAAAAGCGCAUAAACACUGAGAAAUCUAAAUUACAACGAGGAGAACAAUGUUCAUCUUCUGAUAGCAACAAUACAAAAGAACGUGGUCGAGGUCGUGGUCGCGGUAGAGGUAGAGGUAGAGGGAAAGAUUGAAACAUAUAUACAUACAUUCAUUCGCUUGUUAUUAUUCUUACGGUUUCGAUAGCAUUUCAUCUCAUCACUAAACGCUGUACAAAAGAUAAACAAAUCUAUUUGUUUGUUUGUUUUUUUAUUGAAAAUAAGAAAUAUGUAUUUUUAUCUUUACCCUGCCAUUGUUUAUUUAAUAGGUUCUAUUUUUUUUCGUAACUUAUUGGGUUAAACUGCAUUGCUCUAUUGUUAAACAUCAGAUUAUAGAUUCAAUAAAUGUAAUUGUAUUA